GAAACCUGCGCCUAAGAGAGACCGCUAUGUCGACGUAUACCCUGCAGUGCUCCCCCGUUGCAACCCACGUAUACCCUUGUCUGGCGAUUGUUCGCACAAAGAAACAAUCCCUUUCAAGAAACGGACGCUGAAGCAAUCUCGAAGCGAUAAUCGUCACACCGGAUCACUCUUGCACGCAGCAUUUGGGAUAUGAAUGAAGACCCAACCCUUUCACCUCGAGGUUCUGGCAGUGCUGCUUCUAUCUGUGAUUCCAUGGCCUGGUCCCAGCGUCUUUAAAAUAUCAUGUCCCCGCAAUCGAGCGUCCGUAGUGAGGAGGAUAGUUCAUAAGAGAUGGAUGCCAAUACUGAAGAAGUAUCAGGUAGAAUUGCCAUUGGAAUGUCCGUUUCACGAAAGUCGAGAUAUCUUUCGACCGCAACAAAAGGCAAAGCAUCAACACAGGCCAUCGCAAUGGACCUGCGGUCUCUGCGGCAAAUCAUUUUAUGCCGAAAAACACUUGGACGCCCAUUUCGAUAACAGACACAAAAGCAAUGUUAAUACGGCGGAAGAUGCGGUAUGUUUGGCGGACUAUUGCGAUAUCAUGCGCUGCGAUGUGUUGGGUAACCGCGAUUUCGAGAACUCAGUGGACGACGACGGUAACCACCUGAAUACCGAUAUCCAAGUGUGGCGCGAAAAUACCGAACAACGGGAACAAAAGCGUGGCGUUUCCAUCGUGCCAUGCGAAUCGCGUGGACUCGCCAGGAUGUAUCCUGCCGGCAAGUCCUGCACCAUCGCUGGCGGUGGCGCAAUGACGAAUCUGCAACGUUACUGUCAUCGCGAUGACGGUGGCGACAUGCACAAUCAUAGACUAGCGAGAUCGUCUUAUCAUAAUGAGAUCGCCGGGUCGGAUAACAAGAGCAACGGUUGCGACGAAGAGGAGGAUGAGGACGAGGAUGAGGAGGAGGACGCGGAGGAUGAGGAAGAUCUGGUGGAGGCGGCAUUACCUGCCGUCGAAAAGAAGCAAAAACGACGAGGGCAUCUGCAUCUGAGGAAAAUCAAAUCCCAUUGCAAGCCGGAGGAGCUACAAAAGCUGAAGACCCAGUGCGAAAUACUCGUGCGCGAUUGCAUCGCUGGAUUGCUCGCCAAUCUUUCUGUGCGGGAUUUUCAGGAGAUCGAAGGGGAGCUGAAUCGUGCGAUAUGCUGGUAUCUUAGUUGUGACAGAUACUGGGAGGACACGAAGAGGCCGCAACGUCACACACCCUGGUAUCUGCUGACCAUUUUCAUGUUGGUCCUGUUCUCGUCUAUCUACGCGUGUUACUAUGUCAUUUGGGUCUGCUUCAACACUGCGGACGAAGACAAGUUGGAUGGUACCGGAAGCAUAGAUUACAACGGAAGCACGGAUCGUUCGAGUACUUCUCCGUUGCACGACUCGAGUAUUCAUGGCGAAGGCAGAUUGGAAAGACGGAAGGGCGAUCACGGGGAUGAGAAUUCACCCAUGUCGAGCGAGGACAUGCCCGAUCAUUAUAUUUACGUCUCAUACCCGCCCGAGCUGAAGCGGCGACUACUGGAGAGCUGCUACAACAGAACCACUCGUCUAUGAUCGGGAUUUGGGAGGGAGAAACAUACCAAAAAACGCGAUGGCAAGAUUUUAUCCUGAUCCCUGCACAAAAAAAGAAGGCAUUCGAGGUUGAAACUCCUCAUUCUCAUCUUUCUCGUUAUCUUCGUGUUUUUGUAUACCGAAUGUGAAUAAACUGCAUCGUGGAUACGACA